AUGGGUAUAAAAAUUGAGCCUAGUCAAAAAUUACUGCCACAACUGCUUCUUGUGACCUCUGCAGUUAUUAUUGCCUUAUUCUACUUCUUUCCUAUUCUGCUACCAAUUACGGCAGGAUUGCUUGUGCUUGCUGUGGUGUUUUUGCGCAAUAAGCCAUGUAACCCCAAUCAUGUACGCAAAUUCUUUGACGGCUUUCGAAUUGGUGGUCAUCGUGGAGCUCCAAAAUCGUUUCCCGAAAAUGGUAUGGCUGGAUUUAAGCAGGCAAAGACCGAUGGCGCUGAUUUGAUUGAAUUCGACGUGGCACUGACGAAAGACGGUGAGGCCGUGCUUUUACAUGACGAUGAUUUGGACAGGACCACUAACCUGAGCGGUCCAAUACGCGAAAAAACUCUGGCACAGCUAGCGCCCGCCAAUAUUAGCGCGAACUUCACCAGAACAACGCAAGGCAACUUGGCUCCGGUUCAAAAUGAGGGCAUUCCCAGACUUGAAGCGGUUGUUAAAUGGGCAGUCGAUAACGACAUGAAAAUGCUUUUCGACGUUAAGGACUCCGAUCCUGAGCUGGUGCACAUUAUCGGGAACCUGUUCGAGAAGUAUAAUCUCUAUGAUAGAGCAAUCGUGUGCAGCUUCUACCCAUGGGUGGUCUACCUUAUCAAACAGGGUAAUCAGAAAAUACUUAGUGGUCUCACUUGGAGGAGCAAGUUCUUCUCCUACAAGGACAUCGAAAAUACCCUACCCCGAUACACUGGUCUACAGCACUACAUCUUUGUUUUAUUUGAUAUCAUUCAUGUAUUUCUACUUAAACUCGUCACCCCAUGGUUUCUUGGAGCCGAUCUGCUGCUCACUAACAACCUCGACAUAUCAAAAAGCUUCGUGAUGGAACAGAAAGAGCGAGGUCGCCAUGUGGCUGUGUGGACAGUGAACGACGUGGCCGAGAUGCAUUGGAUGCUUGAAGAAUUGUCGAUACCGAUUCUCACCGAUCAUCCCUGCUAUGCAAGCAUUAUGUCGCAUUUGAGUGCAAUUCGUGAAAAGAACUAUAACGAGCCGGCUCUGGAAUGUGCCGCCCACUGCAGCACAUAG